GACUCUCGUCCAACAGAUUAGGUUCAUAAACCAUACUGGCAAGUUGUUUUAACUCUGGCUAGUUUCAGUGUCCUUGCCCAUAGUAUAGUUCUAGCAGCCCCCCAUAGUCCUGAAUGUCGGUCUAGUCGCAUUUCUCAAAACUCAAGAGUUCUGCCUGUCCACCAAAAGUUUCAAGAGCUAUGAACAGGGUCUUCAGCAAGUCAUCGGUAAAAUCAAGAUCAGGAUCAACCAUGGAUACCAGUCGUGGCAGUAAAGAGAUGGUUCUUCUGGCAGGGAACUCUCACCCAGAGCUGGCCCAGCUGAUAGCGAGUCGACUGGGAAAACACAUGGGGAACAUAGCUGUGUACCAUAAGACCAACCGAGAGACAAUGGUGGAAAUUGGUGACUCCGUAAGGGGGCGAGAUGUUUUUAUUCUCCAGACUGGUACAAAGGAUGUCAACAAUAACAUCAUGGAACUUCUCAUCAUGGCAUAUGCUUGCAAGACAUCCUCAGCACGCAACAUUGUAGGAGUAAUCCCCUACCUACCAUACUGCAAGCAGAGCAAGAUGAGGAAGAGGGGCUGCAUUGUGUCCAAGUUGCUAGCCAAGAUGAUGUAUAAGGCAGGGUUGACUCAUGUCAUUACAAUGGACCUACACCAAAAAGAAAUUCAGGGAUUCUUUGAGUGCCCAGUGGAUAAUCUGCGUGCAUCCCCCUUCCUUCUACAGUACAUCCAGGAGUGUAUUCCUGACUAUCGCAAUGCAGUUAUUGUGGCGAGAGAUCCGGGAUCUGCCAAGAAAGCCACAUCAUAUGCAGAACGUUUAAGGCUAGGCAUUGCAGUUAUUCACGGAGAACAGAAAACCAAUGAAGACGAACAAGCUGAUGGUCGAAACUCCCCUCCUUUAGUUGAGCAUUCACGAAUAAUGGAUGUGGGUGUUGGUGUUCCUGCUCUUGCAGCGAAAGAAAAACCUCCUAUUAAUGUUGUUGGAGAUGUAGGAGGUCGUAUUGCUAUCAUGGUGGAUGACAUGAUAGAUGAUGUUGCUUCAUUUGUGGCUGCUGCAGAAGUGCUUAAAGACCGUGGUGCAUACAAAAUAUAUGUCAUGGCAACACAUGGUCUUUUGUCUUCAGAUGCUCCACGUCUUAUAGAUGAUUCACCUAUAGAUGAGGUUGUUGUCACAAACACAGUUCCUCAUGAAAUCCAGAAGAUGCAGUGCCAUAAGAUCAAGACAGUAGACAUCAGCAUACUCCUGGCAGAGUCCAUUCGCAGAAUCCACAACAAUGAGAGCAUGAGCUACCUCUUCCGAAAUGUAACGCUAGAAGAUUAAGACAUGUUUGUUAACUUUAUCUUGGAUUCAAGACCAUAUGUAUGGGUGGCAUAACCUUUUUUAUGAGACUACAAUGCUACAUGAGGUGAAAUUUAGAUAUAAAAAGUUGAUAUUUUCUGUCAUGUAGUCCCUUUAACUUGCUAUAUAAAGAAAGAAAUGAGUGUCUAUGUGA